AUGCAAGACAGAAUUGCACAUUAUGAAAGAAAUGAAAUCUUGGAAAUUCUCAAGAAACAAAAGUUUUCAUUAUUGAUAGAUGAGAGUACGGCCAUCUCAGUGACACAAAUCUUAGCAAUAGUUGUUCGCUUCUUUGAUGAACAAUUACAUAGUGUCAAGGAUGCUCUUCUGGAUGCAAUAGUAGUAGAAAAUGGUUCUUAUCAGGGUUUGUACGAUGCUGUCAAGUCUACGCUUACAAAAGAAAAUGUAUCUAUGAGCAACAUACUUGGAUUUGCCAGCGAUAAUUCCUCAACAAUGAUGGGUAACAAGAGCGGGUUUCAUAAGUUAUUGGGAAAUGAUAUUCCGAUUGUAUUUACAAUAGGCUGUGUUUGCCAUUCGUUUGCACUUUGUUCAAGUCAUGCAGUGAAGGUGUUACUUUUGUAUCUCGAUUCCUUUUUAAAGGACUUAACUUCUUGCUUCUCUCGAAGUACCAAACGUCAAAAUGACUUCAAUAUGAUACAAAGUGUUGUUGGCACAAAAGAAAACAAGAUUCCAAAGCUUUCGCAAAUAGAUGGUUGGUGCCUAAAAAUGUAA